GCCAUUUUCUGCUCCUUCCAUGUUCCGCGCCGCUUUUGUCGAGCCAGGCGGCCGCGAGCGGCUCCAAUGCAGAGAUGGAGCAACAAGCAUUGGCAGAACUGAGCAGACCGGCAUCACCGACCUCGGCUGCUCGCGUGAACAGAUCAAAGUGCGAUUUUCAGCCGCUACAGGUCAGAUGCAAGUUCAACAGUGCGGUAAGCACCCGUCGGUGGUCAACAGGACGCUCCUCAGCUCAAGAUCAGAUCAGAUUGCACUCGAUGGAUCUGCGGGUCGCGUGGACGUCGAGCUCUUCCUGCCAGCGACCUCAACGUUCCCUCACAGACUGAUCAUUGAGCCAAUUCGAGCGUCCAAUCAUGCAAUUCCUGCAAGUCCUGCAAUUCCUGCAUUACCCAUCCAAGUCGAUACCAAGUCGAAUGCACAAUCAUCCAACAAGCCGUCUGUCGAGUCUGCGAUCGUGUCCAAGCCGUCCGGUCGAUCAACACGACCAGCUGCCGAGCCGCUCGUUCCUGAGGUUGCUGCCAAGUGGGCUCGUAUCGAACAGGAUGAGACGGACAGCGAAGACGAGAUUGAAGAACUGUCUGCCACGACGCGAUCAACGCCAAGGUCUCCAGCUAUAAUAGCUGCUGCUGCAACAAGAGCGCCAAAGAAUGCAUUUGAUGCAUUGGUUGCAUCGCCAGCGGGGCAGAAAACUGCGCCGUCAUCUCCCGCUCACAGAGCUGCGCCGCCAUUUCAGGGAAACUGGUCCAACGCGUUGUAUGACUACAUUCGUCAUCCAGAUCGAUACAAGGCUGAUACCUUCUUUCUAGACAAGCACACAAUGACGAUUCGAGAUAAAUUUGCCAAGGCCAAGCAUCAUCUCUUGGUCCUUCCUCUGACGGAAAUUGAAAGUGUGACGGCGCUCGAAAAAAUGAAAGAGCGGGCGGAUUUUGCAGUCUCCAGACUUCAAGCCGAAAACCGAAAUCAAGUUGCUUCGUUUCGGAUCGGAUUUCAUGCCGUUCCUUCGAUGCGACUCUUGCAUCUGCACGUCAUUAGCCAGGACUUUGACUCUGCUCACUUGAAAAACAAGAAGCACUGGAACUCGUUUACAACAGCCUUCUUUGUCGACUACGACAAGGUCGUUCAGCAGCUUCAAAACACUGGCCAAGUCAAGUUUGACACGAAUCGUUACGAGAGCAUGCUCAAGGCAGACAUGAAAUGCCACGUUUGCCAAGCGCCAAUUCGGACCAUUCCCGCCCUCAAGCAGCAUCUCCAACAACAUCCGCUUGGUCCGUCCAAGUAGACGGGUUCUUGUUGGUUUUGACUGACGCCAAAGUUUGAGAUGCAAGGUGCGAGAACAAGUCGAGAGUAAGGAAGUACGUUGCGAUCGACUCCGAAAGAUUCAAGGCAUCGAGCUCUUGCACACCCUGAUCAAGCCGGUACCUUCAAUCCAUAUGCAUUGGGUUAGUUUCUCCGUUGAAUUUCUUUGCACUGUACCUAUUCUCAACCUUCGGAUGUGGAUCUAACGUCAAGCGCGAGGCGGCCUUGUCUUUUUCCACGUCAUGAGCUGUUUUCUCCUCUGUCAUUUUUGUGAACGUGUCAUGUGAACCAUCUCAGCGUACGUCGUCCAACCAUUG